CGGGCUACGGCGCUCGGCGCGGCAGUUUCCGAACUCGGCGCGCGACUUGACCGCGCGUGCACUUUUUUGGCGUCAUGUGAACCUUCAGGAUCCAUUGUCUGCUGUGCGACACAUACACGAAGUCAAUCGUUCCCGCCACCCUUCUGCGAAGUCCAUCUGCAAGGUCUACAUCCAACAAAGAACAGCGCAGGAGCGUGCAUGGCUAUCGCUCGGACAGUGGGUAUGUCAACGCUCUUUCUCCUAGUCAUCAUCUGCAUACUCCUGGCCCACAUCGCAGCAGCCGAGGAAUUUUUCCAGCUCCGCAACCGCCAGGACAUACGACAUCGUGCGCCCCGUGGGCGAAACGAAAAUGUCAUCACCUCUAAAGCGAAAGCCCAGGAAGUACUGAAACGGUACGGAUACCUCCAAUGCGGCCGCCGAAGACACCGAGGGAACCGGAGCGGACCGGAGGACGCAAGCCGGCAACUGCCAACGUGCACUGCACAAGAACUGCGACGGGCUAUUCGCAAAUACCAGCGGAACUACAACAUGCCCGUCACAGGAAAACUGGACUCGGCUACACUUCUUCUAAUGAGCGAGUCGCGCUGCGGAAACCCAGACAUCGAGGCUGGAGAUAGCGCUCACAAGCACCGCACGAGAAAACAUGGACGUCGCCGACCACAACGGCGCGGAAAGCGCGAAGUACGCGCUGCGAACAGAGAAGUCCAGGAAAAGCAGCAUCUAGCGCCUACAUCUCCAGCAGCUGUGGGUGAACCACCACCAACGAACGACUCUGUAGCACGGCGGCAACGCUGGCUUCGUGACUAUGUUAAUAGAAUAGAAAGUAACGCAGUCAACAGACGUUCUGCCCUUCUGCGCGCUACUUUCCAGCAGCGACGUCGGAGCAAACGGUCAGCGACCGAUGUACCAGAAAAGCAACCUUUUCUCAAGAACGUCGUGACAUGGCGUCUGAUUCGAUCAGCGUACAGCAAACAACUGUCAAUGAAUGCGCAAAGGUCUGCUUUGGGUCUAGGGUUUCGCAUGUGGAGUGAAGUCAUACCGCUGAUUUUCGAGGAAGAUCUCCAUUCAGCAAUUUACGAUGUGGACAUAAGAAUUGCAUUCGGAAGAGGAGACCACCUGAACUGCAACAACGAUUUUGAUGGCUAUGGAGGGCAGCUGUCGCACGUAAUCAAAUUUGUGGAGAGCACCGACAUCCACUUCGAUGAUGACGAAUUUCUCACCCUGGGGUCGGAGCAAGGAACUAACCUGGUCAAAGUGGCUGUACACGAAGUAGGACAUGCCUUGGGCCUCUACCAUACACACAGAAAUUAUUCCAUCAUGUAUGCCAUCUACAAUCGCUUCACUCCAAACAACGACUUUGAGCUUGGAUGGGAAGACCGCAAGCUAGCCCAAGACAUUUAUGGUACCUGCGAAUUGCGGUUUGAUACGGUGUUUGACUGGGUACGACAGCGACCCGACAGGAGUCUCAUCUACAACACCUACUUCUUCCAAGGCUACCAUUACUGGAUGUACGAAAACCGCUUCAACAGGACUAGGUAUGGUGAUCCGCUGCAGAUUCAACCUGAGUGGAAGGGCGUCCCAACUCACGUUGAUGGUUUCGUACACGUGUGGACACACGACGACGACAAAACAUAUUUUUUCAAAGGACGCCACUACUACCUGUACAACAACACUAGCGACCAGACAGCACCCGGUUAUCCACGAAACAUCACAGACGACUUCCGUGCUAUUGCUGGAACUGCGUUUCCAAACAUCCCCAGCUACCUAGACUCGGUGUUUUUUGACAAGAGGGAUGGGAAUAUCUACUUCUUCAAAGGAGGUCUGGUCUACGCAUAUGACGUCACUCGUGGUCACGAAGGCUGUUGCCUGCCGGGGUACCCCAGAAAGAUCGUCGAGGAAUACCCAGGAGCUACACCACACAGCAAACUGCCCUACGACCUGGACGCAGUGUACUAUUCGUACACAGACCAAUCCAUGUACUUUUUCAAAGGACCGAGAUAUUGGCAAAACAUUGCCUACAACCCACGCGACCGCAGGAUGACCAACAUUAUUGUUGGGCCCAAGAAGAUUUCCAGCAGGUGGUAUGACAUCUGUGACGUGGAAGCGUGACAGAAUGAGAGGACAGCAGUGACUGUGACAGUGCCUAAAUGUGAUGCCUGCAACAGGUACAUUGUAUGGUGCAAGUGAAUAUACUUUACCAUGGUGCAAAGGACAGUUCUCUUCCUGGUAGACAAGUAUGAGAUGUAUGCUGCUCAAAGUGACAUAGAGCUAAUUGUGCGCAAACACUACUGGGCUUGUAUAUGUAUAAUGUGGCUCUAGAAAAAAAAGAAAAAAAGAAAGCCUACUGGACGGGGCUUCCGUCUUACACAAAUGCAUUACU